AUGUCAGAGAGUGAGACGCGGACGGGAUCCGGACCGGGACACAGCUCCGGCUGCGCUGUCACAUUACUGAAAAUGAUGCGGGCAGAGUACUUGCUCGUCGGCUCUACCGACGAGCAAGAAAAUGCUCUUUUAGUCAAGGAGAGCUGGUCCCUGCCUGAGCUAAUCUCUGACCCUUUCCUCGGCCUCAUGGGCGCGCGGCCGCAGAGGAGGCUCACAGCAACGAACAGUCAUCACUUACAGAAGAGAAAGUGCAACACAGCUACUUGUGUGACCCAGAGGUUAGCAGACUUCGUGGUCCGGUCCAGUAACACCAUCGGAACGGUCUACGUCCCGACAAACGUGGGCUCCAGCACCUACGGCAAGAGGAACCUACAUCAGCCUCCCGACUACCUGCCUUUCUAGUACAAAACUGGGAGAAUACCCCAGUGAAUACCCCAGUGACACAUGACAUCAUGUGUUACAAUGAAUGUGAGAAUGACGACUCCAUAAGAUGACAUUUUUUCUUUAAUAAUUUGAUAAGCAUCAAGACUACAGUGCCUUUGAUUUAAGCCAUCUGAAUCCAUGUAUGUUUUCUUCCAGCUUUGUGAACGUCGUAAAUCACAGCACUAAUGAAAUGGAAAAAAAAAUUCAACAAAAAAAUAAAAUAAUUAUAAAAUAUUCUGUCACACAGAAGAAAUAUAAAGCCCUUUAAUAUGAAUCAUCUGAGAUGUUUUGAUAAUAAAAAUGUUGAAAUUUGUGUCUGAUUCUUGCAGGACAUUUCUGUUUGAGCGCAAGAUGCCAACUGAACCAAUAAAAGUAUUUCUUCCUCAACAGGUUGGGAGGAAAAACA